AAUGGCACAGUCCCCUCCAUGAAUCUGACCGCUCCAUGUUCAUAUAUUGAAAGGCACAACAAUUGGGAGUCUGCUUAAAAAACUUGAACUCUGCUGGGGCCGGAGACAUCUGGAUAACCAGUCAAAACACUCAAGAGCCUUUCAUUGUUUUCUUCCUCGAAACGGAACCAGUCAGCAUGGGAGUAAGAAAGAGCUAUUAACUGCUGCUAAACAUGAUUUCCGUCUUUAGUUUUGCAAACAGGAUACUGGAGUCUGAAUGUUGCUUUGAGAAACACACUUGUUCUUUGGCUACGAAUGGGCAACCACUUGGUCUCUUUUUACCCUAAAACUCCCAGGAACCCUUUGGAUAGCAAACAUUCUGCUGAUCUUCGUGGCCAUUAUGUUGUGGCUUCUUGUCCUGCCGCUCAUCAACAGCUUCGAAGGUUUAUCAGGGUUUGAACAUGAAACGCUGUGCACCUCUAAUGCCUGCUUCACUGCACACAUGAAGAAAGAGAAGUUUAACAAGGCCAAAAAAGACUGUGACAAAAGAGGAGGAUAUUUGAUGACGAUAAGAGAUCGAAAAGAAGAGGAUGUGCUGCGCUCACUUCUCUCAUUAAUAAAAAGUCAACGACAUGGGACGCUGCUUGAAUUUUGGAUUGGAUUAAAACUCAAAGAAACCGACUGUGUAUUUGCUGACCAGCCACUCCGAGGAUUUAAAUGGGUAUCUGGAAAUGAGGAAUCCCACUACUCCAACUGGAAAGAAGAACCUGCCUCCACAUGCUUAGCAGAGAGAUGUGUAAAUAUUGAUUACAACUUUUCAAGUGAGAAUCACCUGAAAUGGACUGCUGUCCCUUGCAAAAAACGUAAAGCUUUUUAUGCAUGCAAGUUUUAUUUUAAGGGGAUGUGUGAACCUUUGGCUCUACUGGGGCCUGGGGAAAUAGCUUACACAGUACCUUUCUCACAAGACCCACUUAAAAGUCAACUGAAGUCAUUUCCUCAUGGAACUUUUGCUAUAAUUCGGUGUAGCGAUCAGGAGGAUCACAUCUCUGUGUGCAACGCUGUUAACCAUACCUACGGGUGGACUAACCUGGGCCCCUUUUGCAAAACAGGAAAGCGAAAUUGUGAAAUCAGCAAUGGUGGAUGUGAACAUUCGUGCCAUCAGGAUGCAGAUGAAAUUCGAUGCUAUUGCAAAGAAGGUUAUGAAUUGGAAAAAGAUGGACUCCGCUGCAGGAUUAAAGACUUGUGCAAUCCUGACACCUGUGAGCAUCAGUGUGUAAUGAGCGAGUCGGGAUAUUUCUGCAAAUGUCCAGUUGGCUUCGAACUGCACGAAAACCAACGCAACUGCUCUGACAUUGAUGAGUGCCAAUCACAGGCUUGUAAGGAUGACCUGUGCAUAAACACACAUGGCAGUUAUAAGUGUGCCUGCAAAGUCGGCUACAAAAUGAUGGAUGGCAAAUGCAGCGAUGUUGAUGAGUGUGCACAAAGGAAAUGUGAGCACAUCUGCUUGAAUAACGCCGGAUCGUUCUCUUGCUUUUGCAAGGAAGGCUUUGCUUUAUCUGAAGAUGGCCAUUCAUGUGACGACAUUAAUGAAUGUGUGACUAACAGCUGUUCAGGGGCUGAGUUUAAGUGUGUAAAUACUGUAGGAAGCUUCAUGUGCACACACCUGAAGAAUGAUGGAACCACUUAUGCUCCAAAUGUCACCUUUGCACCGUUAACCUCAUCAGAUUACUCAUCUUAUGAGAAAACACAAGAAAACUUUACAGAGUCCUUUACCAGAACUACAACUGAGCACCCGUACCCUCAAACAGAUUCACCCAUUCCAGACCCGGAGAACGUUACAAACAAGGAUCCACCGAGCAACACAACCGUGGCCACGAGUUUCGCCAAGACAAUCAAUUCCAGGGUGAUAAUCUGCGUCCUCGGUUCAGUUAUUCCUCUUGUCGUGUUGAUUGCAAUUACUUUGUUUUUUGCAAUUUUUCGAUGCACUCGCUCUAAAAAAGAAAUGAAGAAGAACACCACUGCAGAUGGCUACUGCUGGGUGUCAUCUGGCUUGGAUCCACGUUUAGAGAAACUAUACGAGUCCAUCUUGACUGAUGACCCAUGAUCAUUUAGUGACAGAAAAGACUGACUAGAGUUAUUAUGUUUAUUUAUGCAAUUCUUGCAAUCUCCUGUGAUUACACUACAUAUCAAAAUGCAAAUCAGAAAACUUCAUUGUCCAUCAAAUAGUAUUUGAAUAAGAGUAGAGUCAUAAUGGGGAAAAAAAUAGAAAAGUAAAUGAGUGUUAAGUGGAAGUGCAUAAUAUGCUGUAGAGAUUAUGAAGGAUGUGUAACAACUGUUUUUAUUGCACUGUUAAUAGUCUGAGGCAAUGUAAAUAUCUUUACCUAUGAGAAAGUUACCAGUAUUUGCCGUAAAAAAUGUCAUUUAAUGUUAAGAUCAGACACUUUUCUUCGUUUGUUUGUGACAAUAUUUUAUGCUUUUGUGUAUAAUCCUGCUAUUACCUCCUGUCCUGAGAAUGUGCCUGUGUAAUAUGAAGACAAAAGAGGACCUUUAGCUUUAAUAUCACAGAAAAUGAUCAUUUGACCAUUUACUUAUCACUCUACAACCUGUGCCCCAAAUAUAAAAAGAAAAAAGAAAAAAAAUACACAAGUAUCAAAGUAAAAGUACUUAAGAGAUAUUAUUUGUAUAAUAUGAUCAAUAGUACUGGUGCAUUAAAAUGUUAGUGGUACUUUGCUGUUUGAGCUGGCUAAAAUAUAACAUAAUCUACAAGUAAAAAGUGGACUAACACGUAUAUUCUCCAGAGAGUAUACCUCACAAGUAUUCUUAAGAACUUAAAGGUACUUUUUGAAAAAAACAAAACAAAAACAUUGUUUAAAAGAGCUUCAAAGGUCAAAGCUUUUGUACUGUGUUGCAGCGAUAUGAACUGAAGUUGUAAUAGGCUCUGGCUGUAAACUCUCAUUUGGACCACGUGAUAGUACAGCGAGUUAUUUUGACCUGCCCAGAGUUCAGCACAACACAUUUCAGCCUUUUUAAAGAUAUUAUUAAACUCCAUCCUGCUAAAACAGGGCAGACUCAGACUAUAAUAAAAAACAAAAGGUGCCUUUCAAAAUGUUUAAAUAUGCUGGUAAUUUUCUUGUUUUGUUGAACAAGAAGUACCUUUAAGUGAACAUAUUUAGUCUCUGACAAUGACAUGUUGUACUUGUACACACCAACAAAUGAGUCUUUUUGAUUGGAGUUCCACAUCUACACGCCAUAAUGUAAAGAUGAAACUGGUGUCAACUGAUAUACUGUAAGUAUAAAAUCUAAAACGAAUUGUUUGCGUUUUUUGCUGUGUUUUUUAAUAAAAUAUAUAUAUGUGGACUGUGCUAUCUGUUGUUCUUAUUUUACAUAUAUAGAUAGCACUACAAUUCAUGAAGCCCAUUCUAUUACCAGAAUCAUUGUUUAUGUUUUUGUAAAGAUUAAUUUGCUAGUAUUUGAAUCAAAUUUAAAUUUAAUUUAAUAUUAUUGUUAUUAUCCAUGGAUUUAUUUUAAAGACAUUACUGUUUUUGAUUAGGAUGCCAAAUUAAACCUUACAUUCCUGAAAAAAAAUAAUUUAGUGGUUCAGUGUUCUGCUUGAUUAAUUCCUGACUUCUCAGAGGUCCAGUGUGCCGGCUCAAAUUUUGGUAUAGAAUUGUGAAUCUUGAUUUUAGGCAAGUACUUGUAUUUGUUUGGCAGUUUAUAUAAGAGUCCUGUGCAUAUAUUUAGUAUAUCUAUACAUUGUUCUUCAUUUUGUUGCUGUUGGUCCUGCUUAAAGAAAAAAAAAAAUGUGUUUAUCUCAUUUCCUUCCUGAGAGACCCUGUUUCCGCAGUGGCACAAAGACUGGAAAAUCCCCAUCAUUUAACACAGGCAACCUUUUGUACUCCACUAUGAGACAGCAUGGCCUGCUUGCAGACGAGAGUGCCUGUGCUUAGGAUGAGUAUGACUAUUCUGAUGGUUUUACUGACUCUUGGAAAAGGAUUGGAUAUAAAGCAGCCUGGCCACUGCAGGGCCGUUUGCAGUCACUAUGGCAAACCUGACUGCAUAACUCUAAACCAAGGUGAAGUGGAUUUUAAAACAGCUGAAGAGGCCUGCCAUGACAGGAAAGGAGAACUUCUGCAGUUGUGCUCUAAGAGUGAUAAGAGGUUGUUUGACAUUCUGAGCCAGGAAUUGUUUGGGAACUACUGGAUCGGGCUGCAUUUACCAGCUGGUGCUUGCAGCAACCUCUCAGCUCCACUGAGAGGCUAUAAGUGGAUAUCUGGCAGACCGGGCAUCACCUUUCUUCCAUCUUGGAAUAACCACAUUCAACUCUGCUCUCCACACUGCGCAUCACUUUCAAGUGAUGAAAAAUGGACAGAGAGACCGUGCUCGGAUAAAGCUGAUGGGUUUAUGUGCAAAGUUGAGCUCCAAGAUGUAUGCCAUGGACAAGAAGUAUCGCAUCCAACCUUUUUUCAAAGCUAUAAAGGCUGUUCAUCUGGACCAUGUGAGCAGAACUGUGAGGAUUUUAAGGGGGGUUACACAUGCUCAUGUUUCGAACAAUAUAUACCAGACAACAAAGACCCCAGGCAGUGCAAACCACACUGUGCACAAAAAAGAUGCCCUAGUAUACAAGAGGCUGGCUAUGACAUAUGUCCUGAAGGCUUUCUAAAGGUUGACGGUAACUUUUGUGAGGACCCUAAUGAAGGUCCAGUCACAACUCCUCCCGUUGUAGCGUUUGUCAAACCACCCAUCAGCAACAAUACACUGAAGGCUUCUUCUGUUCCUGGGGUGCACUUUCUGUGGAUUUUGAUUGUGGUCGUUGUUGUCAUUGGAUCUAUUUUUGUCAUCAGGUUUUAUGUAGUUAAGCGUUACAGGCAAAGAGAAAAUUCUAAUCGCAACAAUGUUGUGACUUAAUCAUUACCCCAAAAUGACAGAGUCCUCUGGCUCUUUGUUGUUUAUCGUAGACUUGGGUAUUCUUGGGUGUUGUCUCCUAAUUAUUUAAUGGUACACUCAUGAACCUAAAGGUGUGGUCCACAUCACUGGGAGCAGAAGACGCUAAAUGUUUAAAUGGCUUAACCAGUCAAAGUAGCUCUAACCUACACCUCCAAUUACCGACUGGCCUCCAACUAUUAGCUCCAGUCAUAUUUUCUUUCUCAGAAGCCUGACCAGCAGGCUGAGCCUAUAGUCAUUAAUCAUGCUUUAAUUUGUGUGUUUUUAGUCAGAAAGGAUUGUAGGUUAGAUGAACAACUGGCCAGAUGUAUAGAUGAACGUAAAGAAUUCCAAAUGUUUCACAUCUCAUUUUUCCUUUUGGAAAACAAGAAAAGUGAGAACUACAUUUUGAUAUAUGAAACAUUUUAACAGCUAUCAUUUUAGGAGGUUUACACCUUUAUUUUAUUACAUAAUUUCCGAGCUUAUAUGAAGGAAAACCAAUGUGCUCUUGUUCUUGUUACUACUACUACUACUACAACAUCAUCUUUAUUUCAGACAUAUACAACAAACCAAUACACACACACACACACACACACACACACACACACACACA